AUGGAUCCAUCUCAUUCUCACCAACCUUUUGACUGCACCAGCACCUAUGUCCCUGAGGGCGUCACUGCUCAGAAUAUUUCUCCUCUCGCAACAUUAACUCCUAACGAAUCAAACCGUGUUGAGGCACAGGUUGAAACACAAGUUCAGCCAGAGGCCCAGCCACAGGCUCCUUCUGAGGCAGCUCUUGUUCAGGGGCAGCCUUCCUCGAACCAUCGUGCUUACACAGACAUGAUUUACGAUGCGCUUGUGGCGUGGAAAGACCCUGCGGGUUCGACCCAGUGUGCAAUUUCUAGGUACAUCAAGAUGUUGAACCCUAAUAAUUUGCCUGAUAGUCAUGAUGGUUUGUUGACUCACCAUCUCAAUGUCAUGGAGGAGUUUGACAUCCUCACAAAGGUUAAUAAUUCAUACAAGCUAGAUGACUCUUCUCCUCCUGUGGAGAACGUGGCUGUUGCGGCUGCUGCUGUUGAUGCAGGUCCCGAGGCCGCUUCUGGAUCGGGUCCGCUUGAUCCAGGGGCUGCUGCUGUCGAUACAGGUAUGGUGACGGCUUCCGGAUCUGAGAUCCCUCCGACCUACACCAGUUCACUUGCUACGGUGGCUGUCUCGCCGCCUGUCUCGGCUUCUCAGCCUCAGAAGCGAGGCCGUGGACGUCCACCAAAGCCUAAGACCGUAGCUCCACAACAGCAAGAACCCAUCGAUGCUCAACCAAUCUCACAAGUGCUGCCACCAUCCAUCAAUGUUGAACCAAUCGAUGCUCAACCAAUCUCACAAGUGCUGCCACCAUCCAUCAAUGUUGAGCCCAUCGCUGUCCAGCCAAGCGGGGAGCAACCCGAGUUGCCUGUAACCAAUCCGACACAGGAGUCAGCAAAGAGACGUUCUGGUAGUCCAAGGAAGGACGGAUCUGGUCCGAGCGGUUCAACUGCGAAUCUGGCUGUAACGAUGAAACGAAGGGGAACCGCCAUCCUUGCUCAAGGUGCUGGGAGAGAGAGGAAGCUCACAGCCAUCCCGGCUCCUCCUGUCUCUGUGAUUCCUGCCGGAUCUGGAGGAACCGCCAUCCUUGCUCAAGCCGCUGGUGUAGAAGAAGCUAUGGCGGUUGCGGCCGUGAUGAAGCGUGGACCAGGACGUCCACCUAAGCGUGGACGUGGACGUGGACGUACCGCAGGUAGACCCAUACAGGACACACAAAGGCCAGUCACGAGGGCUACUGGGACCACCCAAAAACCUAGCUAUGGAGAACUAAAGAGAAAGAUUGAGCUUGCUAACGAGAAAGUAAAAGAGAUCUUGAAUCUGUUGGACGCUGGCAUUAUAACCCGGAACAACCAGGCAGCGGUACAAGCUAGACAAGAGAUGGAAGAACUGAUUCAGAUGAUGACUGUGGAGCGACAAACAAUGGAAGAAGGGCAGACGGAGGGGCAAGCACCUCUGUUUGAAGCAGAAACCCAAGGAAUGGAACUUGGACAAGGAAGCGGAGGAGGGGGAGAACAAGCACAGAUCCAGACCCAGCCACAGCCUCAGACCAUGAUCCAGCCGGAACCCCAAAUUCUCCCUGAGUUUGAGUCUCUGGCUGACAUUGAGCCUCUGCCAAACCUUGAGCCUCUGACCUUGACCCAGCCCCAGCCGCAGAUCCUGCCUCCGCUUCAGCCCAAUGCAGAAGCUGAGGAUAUGGAUCAAGAUAUUUUCUUAUUUCCUAAGUAA